GUGACGCGCCGGAAGUUGGUAGCGGAGCGCGCAGUGUGCGUUCAGUUACGGAGAGAAGAUGGCGGCCGGUCCGAUCUCCGAGAGGAAUCAGGAUGCCACUGUUUAUGUUGGUGGGCUGGAUGAGAAGGUGAGCGAGCCGUUGCUAUGGGAGCUGUUCUUACAAGCCGGACCCGUAGUAAACACACACAUGCCCAAAGACAGGGUUACGGGCCAGCACCAAGGUUACGGUUUUGUGGAGUUUUUGAGUGAGGAAGAUGCUGAUUAUGCUAUAAAAAUCAUGAACAUGAUCAAACUAUAUGGGAAACCAAUCCGAGUAAAUAAAGCUUCCGCCCAUAACAAGAAUCUGGAUGUCGGAGCCAAUAUCUUCAUUGGGAACCUUGAUCCUGAGAUUGAUGAAAAACUUCUAUACGACACCUUCAGUGCUUUUGGAGUCAUUCUGCAGACCCCCAAGAUCAUGCGAGACCCGGAUACUGGGAACUCCAAGGGCUAUGCUUUCAUUAACUUUGCCAGCUUUGAUGCUUCAGACGCAUCCAUUGAAGCUAUGAAUGGACAAUAUUUAUGUAACAGGCCCAUCACAGUGUCUUAUGCCUUCAAGAAAGACUCGAAGGGAGAGCGGCACGGAUCAGCAGCUGAGAGACUUCUGGCUGCUCAAAAUCCACUUUCACAGGCUGACAGACCUCACCAACUCUUUGCUGAUGCGCCACCUCCUCCCAUUGUGCCAGCUGUUAUUACAUCUUUAACGAGUGCAGUUGCAGCAGGAAUGCCUACUUUCCCUCCUGGCCCUCCACCGGGUUCAAUGCCCCCUGGGAUCCCACCUUCAAUGCCGCCUCCUCCCAUGUCUCCCGUCACAGCUGCAGGCCAAGUUUCUGCUGCGGCCACUGCUGCUGGUCACCCUCAAGUGCCACAUCCUUUCCAGUCUCCUGCUAUGCAUCAUGGGAUGCAAAUGCAGGUUCAGCAUCACAACCUAGGACCUUCUCAUCCGGGAGCCGCUCAGCUUACUGUUCGUCCACCUGGCAUGGGACACCCGGGGCCGCCUCCUAUGGGCAUGCCGCCCAGAGCACCGCCGUUUGGUGCAAUGGGCCAUCCAGGAAUGCCACCAGGGAUGCGGCCACCUCCUUUGAUGCCUCCCCACGGGUACAAUGGACCCCCAAGACCACCUCCAUAUGGAUACCAGCGUGGGCCUCUUCCCCCUCCUCGUCCAGCCCCUCCUCGAGCGCCCUUAAGGUUACCCAUGACCCAGUGACCAGGACACAGACUGCACCCCUGCCAGUUACACAGAGAGCAACAUUUAAAGCAGCAUUGCAUGGUUUGUGUAUGACUUCCAUAGAGAGGUUUAAUAGAAAUGGUUGUCAUAGAAACCUCCUGUUACAUUCCGCUCAAGGUGAAAUAAUGAGUUAAAGGGCUGGCUUAACACUAGAGGAGGGUAAACAUGAAGUGUUGCUUUAAAUCA